GGAGUCAAAUUCACAGCACUUUGCAUCAGCACUUUGUGCUGGGCAGAGCUUCCCUGCACCCAGGCACCCUGGGAGAGUGGGGCUGCUGGACAAGCCCCCCCAGGCAGCACCCAGAGACAGGCUGGGAGGAAGGAGCACUGCUGAGCUCUGGGGCAGGUGUGUGAGCUGGUCUGAGGCUGGCACUGCAAACCUGAGAGCAAAGCAGAGAACCCUUUGUGGGAAUGCCCCUUGCAGGGACUCCUGCUCCUGUUAAAAGGAAAAAGUCCACUAAACUCAUUGGGAAGCUGACACAUGAAGCUAUGCCACAAGAGGUGUCCAAGCUGAACCUGGGGAAGAAGAUCAGCAUCCCCAGAGAUGUGAUGCUAGAAGAGCUUUCUCUCCUCACUAACAAAGGAUCCAAGAUGUUCAAAUUACGUCAGCUAAGAGUGGAGAAGUUCAUUUAUGAGAAUAACCCUGAUGCCUUCACUGACAAUUCUGUGGAUCACUUUCAGAAGUUCAUCCCACCAGGAGGGAGUUAUGGGGAAGAUGGUCAUGGCUAUGCCCAUGGGCGGAUGGUAGGAGGAAUGGCAGCUGGGCAGCACGGCUCCAGUAUGCAGCAGCAGCCUGGGGUCCCUCCCAGGCCUGGAAGCAGAGGAGGUGCUGGAGAUGGUGAAGGGGAGCAUGCAGGGAAAUCAUCUGGAAGUGGUGGAGAAGGAGGCAAUGGUACUGACAAAGAUGGGAAGUCAGGAGGCAAAAAAGUUACUAUAUUUAAAACUUACAUUUCCCCUUGGGAACGAGCGAUGGGUAUCAGCCCUGAGGACAAAAGUCAGUUCUCCACGGACUUACUGUCAUACAGCCCCAAAGCUGAUUUCCCCCACUACAAGUCUUUUAACCGGACUGCCAUGCCUUAUGGGGGUUUUGAAAAAGCAGCCAAACGGAUGACCUUCAAAGUGCCUCAGUUUGAUAUCUGCCCUCUGCUCCCAGAAUCUCUCAUGAUAUAUAAUCAAAAUUUCAGCAAAAGACCCUCCUUCAACAGAACCCCAAUACCUUGGAUGCCUUCAGGAGACUUCUCAGAGUACCAGACUGCGGUCAAUGUGCCAGUGAGUGGUGAAACAGAAGAGUUGUAAAUCCCCACUGCCAAGACCUUCCCUUUUUUCUCAGCCCUUUCAAUAUGCAAGUUGAUAGUAAGGAGUGGAAAAGUGCAACUCUAGUUCUGUCAGCUUACUUUCUUUUGCCUGUAGCCAAGGAAGUCCCAAGCAGGUUCUAAACUUCUUUUCACUGUAUUGUUAAUCUAAAUCAGACACAGUUUGAGAAAAAGGAGCUUUUUAUUCACCAGUACAUAAGAGGCCAAGACUAAGGAAGUGUUUUUCUGUCUAGCAAUGCUACAUGCUGCCUGUCUGAUUGAUAAUAAACCUGUUUUGUCAUGUGUUAACAAAAAAUAAAACACCAAGAUGGAAAACA